UUUCAAACACGUUUUAUUCGAUUCUUUAUGGGACGUUAAACUAUCUGGUUUUUGACAACCACCCUGCCUGCAGGUGUAAGUGUGUUCAGUGUCAAACGCGAUUCCACAGCAGCAUACUGACUGUCUGCAUUGGUCCGACGUCGUCAUGGUUCAACGACUUCAAGGCGGUUCGUCCUUCAUGAAGAUGCUGCGGGGUGCGAGCAACAACCAGCGAACCCCGCAGACACCGGGCACGCCUCAGCAGCCGCAUCCAACUGACAAGAAGGUUGUUCAACCGCCCGUCUUAGCGGACGAGAAGCACAUGCACCCGACCACGCCGCAGCCUGGCACGAACAAACUGACACAGAUGUGGCGACACAUUCGUCGGCGGCGGGACGACUCGUUCCCGCGCCAUGGCUCGGCCUCGUUCGUCCUGCACGGCGAAGACGCCAUGGCAGUUGGACCGCGGUAUCACAUCGUUGCUGACGGCAUAUCCACUUCCACACAUCCUUCCAACAACCCUGCGGGUCCAUCCUUGUCGCCCAGUCCGUCGGCGGUACUCGCGCGCGCUCUCGUCCACGCGGUUGAGCAAGUCCUUUUGCACGACCCGCCCCCUGUCCACCUCGCAGACUUCGAGAACAUGAUCGUCCGAGCCAUCAUCUCGGCCCAAGCGCACUGCCGACACGUGUCUCCCUCCAUGGGGUCCACCCUCGUCGUGUCCUUCGUCCAGGGGAAGCAUCUCUUCACCUUCAGCGUCGGCGAUUCCAAGUGCCUCGUCCUGCGGAAAGCGCGCAUCGCGUACGAAACCUUAGCUGUGAUGAAGGAGUUCAACGUCCCGUGGACUGUCACUCACCACCCGCUUCGAUCUCGUACGAUUCCUCCAUGUAUCUGUGGCUUUUUACGGCUCUGGGCGAUUGAAUUCGUUUCACGUGAAAAUUUGGCUGUUUUGUAUUCCUUUUUGAAGGAUUGGAUACUUUUUUCAAUGAAAUUUUCGCUCUUUUGUCCAAUUUUUUGACGGAUUUGACGCGUUUUCAUGUCGUAGGUCUAUCAAUACAGUUUUGAUCCGACUUGUUAACAACUUAGUUGGUGUAGACAUGUACGUGGUCCAGCGCAUUCCUCUCAAAAAGUGCGACAUCGUGCUGACGUUUUCCGACGGGUUCGGCGACAACGUUUACAAGGACGAGGUGCUGCAGUUGGUCGCGUCGGCUCAGGUCACCUCCGUCCACCCGUCAGACGUGUGCAGUCGCCUUGUCCAUCACGCCAGGGCCUUUGUACCCGCCGACACGUCCCAAGAGUCGGCGCUUCCGUUCGCCGCCGCCGCGGCCGCCGCGUACGUGGCUCGAGUGAACGAAAUGAACCACGAUAACAAAGAGGUACACAUUCGAAAAGACCAGCUCGUCGACCGGUUCAAGUCGAAAUGGCCCCAACUUUUGGCCAGGCAAGUGCUGAUUGCUAAAACCAACACGAAACCCGGUGACGUGUCGCAUUAUUCGCUGGCGCAACUGUAUCGCAUGGCCACGCUGACGAAAAACAAGCCCGACGACAUUUCCGUCGCCAUGCUCGAGUUUGGAUGACCCACGUCGUAGUAUAUAACAGUUAAUUUACGAAGUAUUAUGUCGUGUUGCCCCAA